AUGGUCAAACGAAAGCUUGGGGCCUUGGAAAAGGUCGAGGCUGAUUUGCCGAAUCUGCAGCACAAAAUUCGGAGAGAUCCAAAAUCUUAUAUCGAAGAUUUCCGCGCCCAGCACUACCAAUAUGAGUCUCACCGAGAAAUUUUCAUGGCUGCGCCGUCGGCAGCCACCGAUACUGGAAUUAUCUCUCUUCGCGAGCUGAUUGAUUUCAUUUCACAUGUUGCCGACUGUUAUCCUGAAAUUUUGAAAGAUUUCCCGCAGCAGCUCAUCGAUAUGUUGAUGCAACAUCAUUUGGUGCUGGAGCCCGAACUGAGAGAAAAGCUGGUUGGGAGUGUGGUACUCCUGAAAAAGAAGGAUCUGGUAGACUCAGCUACGCUGCUCCAUACUCUUUUCCCCAUUCUUAUUUCCACACCAAGCAAGACUCUUCGAGCACUGCUUUUUCAAAAGAUCUUGUCUGAGCUCCGUCAAGCUAAUUCGAAGACCACCAACCACAAAUUGAACCGUACUAUGCAGACCGUUCUCUUCAACCUGGUCACCUCAGAUCGCACAUCCUCCAAAGCUCUAUGGGCAAUCAAAUUGACUCGGGAACUCUGGAAGCGUCAAAUCUGGACCGAUGCCAAAGCGGUCGAGAUUAUGAAGGAGGCGAGUUUGUCAGAGAACGAAAAAGUCAUCGUGGGCGGCGUGCGUUUCUUCUUGGGGGGGGACAAGGAACGCGAAGAGGCAGAAGAUGAGAGCAGCGACGAGGAGGCCAUUGAUGUUGGCCGUAUCAAGCACCAGCUUGGCAUUAACAAGAAGACCAAGAAGAAAGCUCGUGUCGCUGAAAAAGCUAUGGCUAUGCACAAGAAGAAGGACCGCAAGAAGAACCAGCCCCAUCCGCUGAACUUCUCGGCCCUUCACUUGCUGCACGACCCGCAAGGGUUCGCAGAGUCCUUGUUCUCUAAGCAUUUACAGAACACCAAGGCCAAGCUCAACUUGGAGCAGAAACUUUUUGUUUUGCAGCUUGUUUCGCGACUUGUGGGCUUGCAUAAGCUGCAUAUCAUGCCUCUCUACUCCUACUUCCAAAAGUUCCUGACCCCCCGUCAGCCAUCUGUCACCUCUUUCUUGGCGUCUUUGGCCCAAGCAUCGCAUGACCUUGUGCCCCCCGAUGUUCUGGAGCCAUUGGUUCAGAAGAUUGCCAAUGAAUUCGUCUCCGAGGCCUCUGCAGGAGAAGUUGCUACUGCCGGUCUCAAUGCUAUCCGAGAGAUUUGCGUCAGGCAACCUUUGGCAAUGAACGAGACACUUCUGCAGGAUCUUGUCAUGUACAAGAAGAGCAAGGAUAAGGGUGUCAUGAUGGCCUCCAAGGGUCUGCUGAGUCUCUUCCGUGAUGUGGGCGCUGAGAUGCUCAAGAAGCGUGACCGUGGCAAAGAGGCCUCUAUGGGUCUCCGGGCUGGAACCAAGGAACAAAAACGAUUUGGUCAACAAGAAAUUGGCGGUAUUGAGGGGCUUGAGCUCCUGGAGAAGUGGAAGGAGGAAGAACGGCGCAAGAGGCGUGAGGAGAAGGGCUUGGCUUCCGAUGCAGAGGAUGAUGAAGAGGAUGAGGCGGAUAACUGGGCCGCCUGGAACGUUGAAGACGAUGACGAUAGUGAUGACUCUGGCGAAUGGAUUAACGUUGAAAGCGACGUGGAGAUUGAGCUGAGCGAUUCCGAGGAUGAAGGCAAGGCCCCGCCCUCCAAGAAAGCCAAGCAGGGCGAAGAGGAGGCUAAGGCCACCGAUAAUGCUGCCCAGGAGGUUGCCAAACUUUCUACUCUCGCAACCACCAGAAUCCUGACCCCGGCUGAUCUGGCCAAACUUGCGGAACUCCGGGCCCAAGCAUCGGUUGAAUCCGCUGUCAACGGAAGGUCACGCCGCGCCGGUCAGCCUACUUCUCGCCACACGGAUGAUCCAUUGACUGCCGAGGAGAUUGAGGGUCUUGCAGCUUUGUCUGCCGGAAAGGCCACUCGCGAAGAACGUAUCGCCCAUGCCCGUGAGGGCAAGACCGAUCGUUCUGAGUACAAGUCUAAGGAAGCUCGUCGCCGAGAGAAGAAACAGGAGCUGGGCAAAUCAACAACAAACAAGGAGAAGGCGCGACGCAAGAACAUGCUGAUGACGCUUCGCCAUGCGAAGAAUAAAGGCAAGCGGUCUCUUGUGGAACAACGGGCCAUUUUGAAGGCUCAUCAUGAGCGGAAGAAGAGAGGUGGUAAGAGAGGAAAUAUGGGCAACUAG